CUCGUCAUAAUAUCUUCCUGCUCUCUCAAUCCUCCUCUGAUCCCGCCAUGAUCGUCUAACUUCCCACUUGUAUAAAUCAAAUUCCCAAAACCCCUUCCGACGAGAGAUUUUUAAAUUUUCCCAGCCGCCGGAGAGUAAUCGACUGACUUAAAUUUCUCGUUAACCUAAACCCUAACCGGAGAGAUGGAUUCGAUUGUAUUCACAGCACUUGAUGAGAUCUGUUGUCAAGGAAACACAGGGAUCGCUCUCGUCUCUCUCUGGUCACGUCUCUCUCCUCUCUCUCCUUCCGUCAAAGCUCAUCUAUGGAGUAAUCUUCUCACGAUCCCUCAGCUUCAAUUCAAGGCGAAGAACAACACUCUGUACGGAUCAUCACAUACUUCAAUUCAACAGCUUGAAGAUGCAUUGAGACUCGAUUUGAAGAUCAUCGCUAAUGAGAAACUCAGAGCUAACUUCGUUGGCUUGUACGAUGCUCAAUCGAAUAACGCAACUAUUCCCGCGAUUCAGCGUCGCGUUCUCGAGCGUUUGGCUGUUGCUCGUGAUAAUGGAGAUGCACAGAAUGUGAUUGCGAAAGAGUUUGGUAUUGAAGGUAGGAACUUCUUCUAUAGUGUGAAGCAGCUUGAGUCUAGAGGUUUGAUUGUUAGGCAACCAGCAAUUGUGAGAACUAAAGAAGUUGAUUCCAAAACGACUUCGUGUAUUACUACAAACAUGAUAUACUUGACUCGUUACGCCAAGUCUUUGGGGUCACAGCAGAGGUUUGAGAUUUGUAAAGAUGACUCUGUGUCGGAGCAUGAAGAUACUACUGACGUUGGAGAUAGUGUAAAAGAGGAUACGCUCAUUAAAGAUUUUUUACCAGCAAUGAAGGCAGUUUGUGAUAAGCUCGAACAAGCUAACGAGAAAGUUUUAGUUAUCUCGGAUAUUAAGCAAGGCCUUGGUUAUAUGGGAUCACAUACAAUGCAUAGAGCUUGGAGAAAUGUUUGUCGCCGGUUGAUAGACUCUCAUUUAGUGGAGGAGUUAGAUGCUAUGGUGAACAAUAAGGUUGAAAGAUGCCUCCGUUUGUUAAAAAGAUUUUCAGAGAAAGAGUUUAACUACUCUGGGAAAAAGCAACUCCUUAAAUUCGGAAGGAGUAUUCAAAAAACAGAACAGAUUUUGGAGCUUCCAAUAGAUAAUCAAAUCUAUGAUAUGGUUGAUGCUCAAGGAUCUAAAGGCUUGGCUGCUAUGGAGGUAUGUGAAAGACUUGGAAUUGAUAGGAAGAAGAUCUAUCCUCGGCUUUGUAGUAUUUGUUUAAGAGUCGGGAUGCAUUUACGGGAAGAAAGCCACAAGAAGACUAGAGUUUUUCGAGUUUGGACUUCUCAUCAUGCUGCAUCCAAGUCUUCUUCUAAUCUGUUUCCUGAUAAAGCUGAAAAUAUUUGCAGGGUACAUAAUGAUUUUAACACACCCAAUGGUAAUAGUGGAUUGGCAAAGACCUCUACAAAACACGGUAUUGCAGCUUCAGAUGCUAACUUAUCUACACCUGCAAGUUUAAAUGAUGCUGAAAGAAAUUCAGGAGUUCGUGGUUGUUCCCCAUCUAAUGCCAAAAGAAGAAAGAUUCAUACACGUCGUAACUUACAAGAAUCAUUCCAUGAUGUCGGUGAUAAAGUUGUUGAUGCUGCAAAGGGCUCACCUAAUUUGGCUGACCAUCUCGUUCUACCGAAGCCGGCUAAAACAAAAGUGCAGCAACCUCAUGCUACUAUUGAAAACUCUCGGAGAGAGCAGAGAAUACUUGAGCGUUUAAAUGCGGAGAAGUUUGUUUUGAGAGCCGAGCUCUACAAAUGGCUUCUCAGUCUUGAGAAGGACAGGAGCCCCCAGGUGGAUAAGAAGACCAUUGACAGAAUUCUAAACAGGCUUCAAGAAGAAGGACGCUGCAAAUGCAUUGGCUUUCGUGUUCCAACUGUAAAUGAUUGUGGUCGUACUCGUUGCUCUGUGAUAGUUUUGCAUCCAUCUGUUCAAGGAUUGACUGGAGAUGUAGGUGGUGAAAUUCAUGAUAAGAUUAGAUCUUUUGAAUUAGGAUUCCGUAGCCAGAGAUUGUCGAAGAGCAAAAGCAACGAGCCAAUUCCAGAAAUGAAUAACGUUAAGAGAGUCCAAACGAAUGUGGAUUUGGAUGCGCGAGCUAACAAACCAUCCAAAUCAGGAGCUAUACGAGCUAAAGGGGUUGUGCUUGCAAAGAUGGUUCGUGUGAAGCUUCUACACUGUUUCCUUUGGGACUAUUUUAGUUCUUUGCCCGGCUGGAACAAUGUGUUUUCUUCUAUACACGAUCAUAAAUAUGAGAAUUUGUUUGCACUUGAAGAUGCUUUUAGAGCUAUGCCACUCGAACUAUUCUUACAAGUUGUUGGAUGUACUCAGAAAUCUGAUGAUAUGUUGGAGAAAUGCAAACAGGUUAUGUAUCUCUCUGAGCUUAUUAGCGAAGAGUAUAAGCUUCUAAUGGAUACUCAUGCGACAGGGAGAUUAUCGAUGCUUAUUAAUAUAUUACGCCGGUUGAAGUUGAUUCAGAUGGUAAGUAGUAGACUCAGACGUGAUGGGAUGGAAGAGAAGUAUUCUAAUUUAACACAUGCGAUGGAGCUUAAGACGUAUAUAGAGGAACCAGUGUUUGUUGCUGCUACAUCCAGUGACAUGUCUCUUGAUUUUCGUCCACGUAUUCGUCAUGACUUUAUUCUGUCGAAUAGAGAUGCUGUUGAUGAAUAUUGGCGAACUCUAGUAUACUGCUAUGCGGCUGCUGAUCAAGGAGCUGCUAAGCAAGCGUUUCCGGGAUCUGUUGUUCAAGAGGUUUUUCGUGUCCGCUCUUGGGCCUCAGAUCAUGUCAUGACAGCAGAACAACGUGCUAAGCUUUUACAGUGUAUUACAAUUGAUGAGAAGGAAAAACUCUCAUUCAAAGAGUGUGAGAAGAUUUCUAAGGAUCUGAACCUGACCAUAGAGCAGGUCAUGCAUGCUUAUCAUGCCAAGCAUGGAAGACGGUUGAAAUUAAAAUCAAAAGAUAAAAAUAAUGCUGUAGAAAAUAGUCCUUCAUCUUCCAGGAAAAGAAAAAGAGCAUCCCUCUUAAAGACUAUAGGAGAAGGUGACAGAUCCAUACUAGUAGAUGGACAUAAGGUCAUAAAUACUGAAGCCAUUGAUGCCUCAAGUAGUGAGAGUUUUCAAGAAUUAUUACAAGAGGAGCACACCCCCAUUCCAAUGCAUCAGGAGAGCAAUCAACAAGAAAAUGCAGAGAUAAGGGAUCUUACUGAAGAUGAAGGUCUGUGUUCUUCCAUCAUCAACCAGCAUGCAAGUUCAAAGACCACAUCAAUUCCUUCACAAAGAUUUUCAUGGACAGAUGAUGCGGACAGGAAAUUGUUGAGUCAAUAUGUUAGACACCGUGCAGCUCUUGGGGUAAAAUUUCAUGGAGUAAAUUGGGCUUCAGUUUCAGAACUGCCUGCACCUCCUUUAGCUUGCAAGCGACGGAUUCAAACGUUGAUGAAGAAUGAUACAUUUAGGAAGGCGGUCAUGAGGCUUUGCAAUCUACUCACUGAGCGUUAUGCAAAGCAUCUAGAGACGAAACAGCCCGAGAGCAACAGUUCACAUGUUCUUGUUAGACAUUUAUCCCAGGAAAUUGGUGGAACUGAAUCCGAUUGUGUUGAGCAUCGUAAAGAUAUUUGUUUUGAUGAAGAAAUAUGGGCUAACUUCAAUGAAAAGAGUAUAAGUCAAGCCUUUAAUGAUGUUCUUGAGCUCAAGAAGAUGGCUAAACUGGUGGCGUCUAAACGAGCAAGAACUAGCUCUCGAGAAUGGUCAAACAAAGAUAUAGUUGAUGAGGGGAGUGAAAUGGUUCUACCUGCAAUUAACUCAGAGGACAUUCGAAGUGUUUCUGUGGAUCAAGUUAAAGAUACGUCUCGACGAUCUGGACAUUAUCGUCUUCAUCAAAAUUUUAUGCAUUUAGAUGAAAAGUACAAUGGUAGUAUACAAGUGCAGAAAUCUCCGUCAGUUUCUACUGCUGUAGAACUGUUAAAGCUUGUCUAUCUGAGCAAGCCUACUGCACCUGGUAUGCCAAAUUUGCUGGAAGAUACCUUACGACAAUAUUCAGAAGGAGACCUCUUUACAGCCUAUAGCUACCUCAGAGACAAAAAGUUCCUGGUUGGUGGAAGUGGUGGGCAGCCAUUUGUGCUUUCUCAGAACUUCUUGAAUAGUAUUUCAAAGUCACCAAUCCCGGUAAACUCGGGCAAAAGAGCUGCCAAGUUCUCCAAUUGGCUUAUAGAUCAUGAAAUAGACCUUAUGGCUGGAGGAGUCACUCUUACUUCAGAUUUGCAAUGUGGUGAUACUUUAAAUUUCUUUUCAUUGGUUGCUUCUGGUGAACUCUCUAUAUCUGUAUCCUUGCCCGAAGAAGGUGUUGGAGAGCCUGGUGAUCGAAGAGGUUUAAAACGUAAAGCUGAUGACGUAGAAGAAUUUGAACCUGAUAGUGCUAAGAAAUUCAAGCUAUUAGGCGAAGGUGAAAUCAACUUCCGAAAGGAAAAGGGUUUCCCGGGUAUAGCGGUAUCUGUUCGUCGUGUAAAUCUACCAAUAGCUAAGGCCAUAGAGUUGUUUAAGGAUGAUGACUCUCGCUCUGGUGAACUUCAUUUCAAGUCGGGAGAAACAACUAGAGGCUGUGAUUCUAAUGAUAUGAAAGAACUUUUCAACUCUACUGAUGCUACUGUGAUACCAGGCAGUUUAGUUGAUUCUCCCUGGCAAGUGAUGGCCAAUGUUGCUACUUGUAUUAUGUCCGGAUCUGCAGGCGAGCAACUGAGUUUAUUCAGUCCCGGGGUUUUUGAAGCCGUUUCCAAUGCCCUUCAGAAGGCUGGUGGGAAGGGUCUUAGCACUGCAGAAGUCCAUUGUCUUAUUAAUAUUCCAAGCCAAGAAACUUGUGAAUGCAUUGUAGAAGUACUUCAAACAUUUGGGGUAGCUUUAAAGGUAAAUGGCUAUAAUGAUGUCCGUCUUGUUCAUUCUUACUACCGAUCAAAAUACUUCUUGACAUUUGAGGAAGGUGGAACUACCCAAAAUGGUCAACAGUCUCUGCCAGUGAACUACUUAAAGAAAGCUCUGGAAGAACAAAAGUCAUACGAUGUUGUCGCCAGCGACUACAGUACUUCACAAGAAAAGCGAGAUCAUGUAGCUGAGAACAACGUUCACAAGGUUACGAUUCUUAACCGUCCUGAAAGGCCUCAAACAAGCGGUUUACACGAAGCAUCAUCUAUCAAAGUUCCAGAUCUCACUUUUGGAACGGGAAGCAAAGGCGAAAAAAAGGAUUCAACUUCAGUGAAGUCACAACCUAUGCCUCUAUUUCCAUGGGUAAACGCUGAUGGAUCAGUAAAUAAAGUUAUCUUUGAUGGACUAGUUCGCCGUGUUCUCGGUACCGUGAUGCAAAAUCCUGGUAUACCAGAGGACGAAAUUAUUAACCACAUGGACGUACUAAAUCCUCAGAGCUGUAGAAAGCUUCUGGAGUUGAUGACACUCGACGAGUAUAUGAAAGUAAGGGAAAUGGUGCAAACCAAAUUCACCGGUCUUCCGUCUCUGUUAACCGGACUUCUCUUUUCCGGUCAUAGAAGACCGGAACUUAUCAGCCGCAAACACUUCUUUGCCAACUCCAAAGGACUCUUUGCCUUGUAAAUUUGUAAAGCCUUUUAUCAAAAAAUAAUAAUAUA